AUGGGCAUCCUCCCUGUUUCGGAGCAGAAUGUGUUCUUUGAGGGGCCCCUCUCUGGCCCCUGGUACAGCAAGCACAAGACUCAGCUCUUGGGAGUUCUACUUGCUGCAGCUUCAAAUUUUUUGAUCAGUGUCUCUUUGAGUAUACAGAAAUGUGCUCAUCUCCGACUAGCUUGCCAAACAGAGCCGAAGCCUUACUACACGAGCAAGCUGUGGUGGUGUGGAAUUAUCCUCCUGGUGCUUGGAGAGGUGGGCAAUUUCACAGCCUACGGAUUUGCCCCCAUUGCCCUUGUCGCUCCACUAGGAUGUGUAUCUGUCAUAGGUACUGCAUUUAUUUCUGUCUUAUUCCUAAAGCAGACCAUGAGGGCUGCUGAUAUAUUGGGAGGAACACUGACAGUAGCAGGGACAUACCUGUUGGUGACAUUCGCUCCAAACGUACCCCAAGAGCUCACAGCAAGACGAGUACAGAAUAAUUUAGUAAGCUGGCCUUUCUUGGUAUAUGUGAUUUUAGAAAUUAUAACAUUCUGCAUUCUCCUCUAUUUUUACAAAAGAAAGGCUGUGAAGCACAUCAUGAUUUUGUUAAUGAUGGUAGCACUACUGGCAUCGCUGACGGUCAUCGCUGUAAAGGCUGUGGCCAGCAUGAUAACACUCUCUGUGAAGGGGAAAAUGCAGCUCACUUAUCCCGUUUUUUAUAUCAUGCUCAUUUUAAUGGCAACUUCUUGUGUUUUCCAAGUCAAGUUCUUGAAUCAAGCAAUGCAUCUGUACGAAGCAACAGCAGUUGUGCCCAUUAAUUUCGUGUUCUUCACUACGAGCGCCAUUGUUUCAGGGGUCAUAUUUUAUCAGGAAUUCCAAAGUGCAGCUUUGCUGAGCGUGUUCAUGUUUCUGUUCGGUUGUCUCCUAUCUUUCCUUGGUGUAUUUGUAAUUGCAAGAAAUAAAAAAGAGGAGCAUUUACAAGUUCCUUAUAUUGACUGUGGACAUAUUCCUGGACAAAAAUUGACAGGCAAAAUACAACCAGAUUCUUAUAGUUCAUGCUAUGGCACUUUGAAUAAUGAAGAUGACUCGGUGAAAACUCAGAGCUGAAAGAAGAAAGCACCUUACCUUCCAUUUAAUGAGAGGAACAGCACUGGAACAAGAAUUAGCAACACCUUUUCAUUGGACAUAUUUGAGUCGACGUUGAAUUCAAUUCCUGCAUGUUGAUGAGUCAUAGCAUUAUUUAAUCCUACUUAAUUUAUCCUCUGGCUGUCCCAAAUGUGUUUUGAAGAUAAAGCAAGCCUUAAGAAAAACUAAAUAUCCAUUAAUGAAUCUGAACAUUCUCAUAGUA